CGCUGCUCCCGCCCCUCCGACCCGGCCCUGCUCGCUGUGUCCCCGGGGGCAGCCCGGGCUCGGCGGCUCCGCGCUCCUGGGCCCGCCAUGGCACCGCGCCGCCCGGAGCGGUGGCCGUAGGAGCGGCGGGGCUGCCCGGUGGAUGAGUAAGCCUUGCUUUCCUGCUGUGCCACGACCUCCCAACCCUCCCUGAAUUUGCAGAAGUGGAUGUCUGACCAUCCUGUAGGCAUGGCUCACUUGAGAGAAUUUGCCAGCCAGCACUCCAGGGUGGAUCCUGAGGAGCUGUUCACCAAGCUGGAGCGGAUUGGCAAAGGAUCAUUUGGUGAAGUGUAUAAAGGGAUCGACAACCGCACCAAGGAGGUGGUGGCCAUCAAGAUCAUUGACCUGGAGGAGGCUGAGGAUGAGAUUGAGGACAUUCAGCAGGAGAUCACAGUGCUCAGCCAGUGUGAUAGCCCCUAUAUCACCCGGUACUAUGGCUCCUACUUGAAGGGCACUAAGCUGUGGAUAAUCAUGGAGUACCUAGGAGGAGGUUCAGCAUUGGAUUUGCUGAAACCAGGACCCCUGGAGGAGACUUACAUAGCUACUAUCCUGAGAGAAAUCCUAAAGGGUUUGGAUUAUCUUCACUCUGAGAGGAAGAUCCACAGGGACAUCAAAGCUGCCAACGUGCUGCUUUCGGAGCAAGGAGAUGUGAAACUGGCUGACUUUGGGGUGGCUGGGCAGUUGACAGACACGCAAAUCAAGAGGAACACCUUUGUUGGGACCCCAUUCUGGAUGGCACCAGAGGUCAUCAAACAGUCUGCUUAUGACUUCAAGGCAGACAUCUGGUCCCUUGGAAUUACAGCCAUUGAACUAGCAAAGGGAGAGCCUCCAAAUUCCGACUUGCAUCCUAUGAGAGUUCUCUUCCUGAUUCCCAAAAACAACCCUCCAACACUGGAGGGUCACCACAGCAAGCCCUUCAAGGAGUUUGUGGAAGCCUGCCUCAAUAAGGAUCCUAGAUUUAGGCCGACAGCUAAAGAACUGCUAAAGCACAAGUUCAUCACACGCUACACCAAGAAAACCUCAUUCCUGAUGGAGCUGAUCGACCGGUUCAAGCGCUGGAAGUCAGAGGGUCAUGGAGAGGAUUCCAGUUCUGGCGACUCCGAUAUUGAUGGAGACACAGAAGAUGGAGACCAGGGUCCAAUCUGGACAUUCCCCCCAACUAUUCGCCCCAACUCCUUGAGCAAGCUGCACAAAGGAAUGGCUCUCCAUGGCUCCCAGAAGCCUACUGAGCCCAUCAAGAGGCAACCACGGUCACAGUGUCUCUCCACCCUUGUUCACCCAGUUUUUGGGGAGCUUAAAGAUAAGCACAAGCAGACUGGAGGCAACGUGGGAGCUAUGGAGGAGCUGGAAAAUGCCUUCAGCCUGGCUGAGGAGUCCUGCCCAGGCAUCUCUGACAAACUGAUAGCACACAUGGUGGAGAGGGUACAAAGGUUUUCACACAGUCGGAACCACCUGAGCUCUGCCCGCUGACACCUCUGCCCCCUGCUGCUGGUUCGAGGGGGGAAGGAUUUUUUUCCCAGCUUCCUAAGAACUACAUCUCUAAUCCAGACCCACCCUCUGCUGUUGGAUGUAACCUUGUGUUACGGACUCCAGGACAUUUCAGAGCCCUCAUAUUACACACCCUUUCCAUGAUAACCCAGGGUGGGGUUUGCAAUGCAAGUACAAUUUAGACCUUUUGCAGAACCCGAGAUGGGUGGUCUAAUUGUUUUUACAAUGUAAUCAAUGCAGUUUUUAAUUGUUUCCCUAUGGAUGUAUCCAUUUUGGCUUGGUUUGAUUCGCUGCUUGUUAUUGGUCAAUGCCUGGCUGCUGGAGAACAGGGAGAUUCUAUGUUUCAAAGGCAAGUCUGAUGGACUCAACCUCCUGCCCUUCCUAAAGGAGUGUUUGUGAGCAGUCAUGCGUGAGUAGAGGUAUGUUUGGAAGCUCUCCAUGCUUUACAGCCUCUGGGAAAGUUAAAGCAGCUCUCCCAUUGUCCUGGAGGAUUGCUUCAGCUCCUUCACACACUAGUAAUGAAAAGCUUUCCAGUAUAUCAGCAGCUGACCUGAGCUGCUGCUGUUCUUUCCCAGCUUGUGGUUUCCCAAGAGGAUGGGUUUGCUGACUGUACUUGUGGUUCUGGGACAUCAUCCAGUUCAGGCAACAGCAGAACUUGCCUUGAGUCUCCAGGGACUAAAAGGCAAAGUGGUAGGUGUGGUUUGGGAGAUGGUGGAGUUCUCAUCCUUGCUGCUUCCUGCCACUGCAGCAACUAGAUAGGCAGGUUGGGCAGGCAUGGUCUCCUAGCUGAGCAGACACCCACUGUGCAUGGCCAAGCAGUGCAGAAGAAUUUAAAAACAGGGGUAGGAGGGGGAACAUGAGAGCCAGAGGCACUGACAGGGCUUCAGUUCAAAAGGGUAGCAGUGCUUGGGGCAAGGAACCUGUCCUCUGCAGAAAGAUAUGAACUGGCUGGCAGCAGGAGUGUCCUUGUGGUGUGGCUGGGGGCUUGCAAAAGCUGCUCCAUGCCUCCAUCCCCUGCUCAGCUUCCCCUUUCUGGCUCUUCUUUCAGUCUGGGAUCUGAACUGGCUGAUGCCAAGAGCUCUGCUCCAGUUGACAAGCUGUGGUGGUGUUUGCUAGCAAAGAAAGUAAAGCAUCUGCUGCUGUAGUGGCCGCUUAAGGUAUUCCAGCGGAGCCAUCCCCAGGUAGCUUUGCUUUCUGUGUAACACUAGUUUAUAAAGCAAAUCUUUAAUUCAGGUAAAUGUACAGAUCUUAAACCUAUACUUUAAAAGUCUAGAAAAACAGACUUAGGAAAAUAACUCCCAAUAGCUGGUUGCUUUGAGAUCUGCUCUCUAAUUGUAAAGAUAUUCCCAUUAAGUCAGCAAGAUCUUAGACCUCCAGACCUUUCUGUCUGGGUGUUGGUGUGGAUGAUGUGGCUCACCCCAAAGCCACCCAGAACAAAAGCUGUAGCUAUUCAGCAUUUUGGUGCAAGACAGGCCACUUGGUUAGUAACUUGGCUUGGUGUUUGGUACUUUGAUUCAGAGCUGCAGACUUUAAGUGCUGGGCUCAACAUGGCUCAAAAGGCCCAGACAUUCCCUCCCCUGGUGUGUGGUGUUUACUUUAGCUUAUGACUAUCCUUUCCUCUUCCUCCCUGAUGGAUAAAUACAGGCUCAGCCACCACCACCAACUCAUCCAGCAGAGGAGGUGGCACUGUUUGAUCUUCAUCUGCUGCAGUGUGGUGUCUCUCUGUGGUGAGAAGUCAUCUCAGAGCCUGCACUGAUGAUGAAGAGAACAAACCCAUUUGAUUCCUCAGGAGAAGGGAGUUAAAUAGCCAGGAGAUGUUGCUGAGGUGGAAGGCAGAGGCUGCAGUCCAGCAGGAAAGGUGGCUGAGGGGGCUCCUGCUGCUUUUCGAGUCGCUGUUCGUGACGGUAGCAAAUCAUGUCAAUAAGGUACCUUGUGUUGUUCCUCACAAGCACUGCAGUGUCACGAGUCAACUUUUUAAAGGAAACAUCCCCACAAACUUGGUCCAGUAUUCAGAGCAAAAAUGGUUUUACUUUUUAAAAACGUUGAAAGGGAUCUGCCACUUUCAAUAAAGUAACGAAACGAA